GGGUUUGUUCUGCAGUGGAAAGAUUGAAAAUAGCAGGUUGUUGGUUAGAGAUCUCUGGAUUCAAAUGUGUUCCGCGUAUGACUUUAUUGAGCCUUCGGCAACAAUAAGGAACCCAAAAGAGGGGAAAAGAGAGAUCAGAAGUAGGAAGGGUCAGUUCUUAAAAGAAGUAAUUUUGAUUGCCCACCAAAACCAAACCGUCUUAUGGUAAUAUCAUAUCAUCAUGAGCUAUGUUUAUUCACCAUCAUGAUCAUUGUCAACAGGCCAAGAGGGAGCAAAAGCAGAGACAGAGGGUUGAAUAGGAAACACCUUUUACAUUUAUGCCCCCAACUAUUUACAGGAAAGAGAUCAAAACUUUAUUACCAAAGCAAAACUCGUCCCUUCUCCGAAGUAACUGUGCUUAGGUUCUUUGUUUGUUUUAGGGGAAGCAAAGCAAAUCGAAGCAAAAUAGGCCCCAUCCAUAUCAUACCCUAUGAAUUUGAUAUGGGCAAUCUGUAAAACUUACUCAUUCACUCACUCACUCUCAUCCCAUUCUUUCUCCAAAUAAAAUGAGAAGCAGAUUAUUAUUGGAAAGGACACCAAGAGAUUUGCAGUGAAGUGAAGGGAGAUGAAUGCGAAUACAACACUCACUCUAACCAGCAUUACUCAUAGUAUCAAAAUUCCGUUGAUGGUGAUGAUAAAGUAUUGCCCUUGCCCUUGCCCACCACCACCGUCUCCCAUUUCAAUCAGGUCUAGCCGCCUCCGCAGCCGAAUAAGCUCCUUGCCACCCAGCUUGGUCAUAGAGGAGACAUCCACCACCAUGUCUGAUACUAAUACUGAUACUGAUAUUGAGACUGAUUCACAAGCAGUUUCCCGUCGCCUUAUUUUGCUUCGCCAUGCUAAGAGCUCCUGGGACGACCGCUCACUUCGAGAUCAUGACCGGCCACUAAGUAAAAGUGGAGAGCUUGAUGCUGCCGAAGUCUCUCAAAAGCUUCUGCAGUUGGAUUGGAUACCUCAGCUUAUUUUGUCUAGUGAUGCAUUGCGAACCAAGGAAACACUUAGAAUAAUGCAGCAACAAGUACCGGACUUUUUGGAUGCAGAGGUUCAUUUCAUUUCAAGUUUCUAUUCUGUUGCAGCUAUGGAUGGUCAGACUGCUGACCAUCUUCAGCAAGCUAUCUGCAAUUACUCAUGGGAUGGUAUUCUUACUGUAAUGUGUAUGGGGCAUAAUAGGGGGUGGGAGGAGGCUGCCUCAAUGUUCUCUGGUGCCUCCAUAGAGCUAAAGACAUGCAAUGCUGCUUUGCUUGAAGCUACUGGGAAAUCCUGGGAAGAGGCAUUUGCUUCAGCUGGACUUGGCGGGUGGAAACUUCAGGGCGUUGUGAAACCGAGUGAUAGCCCAAAAUUUUGAAUCCCAUCCACAACAUUUAGACCUCCAACCCUCCUCCUUUCCAAAAAUAAACAAGAUCCUGCCUUUUGGUUCUUCUCAUGGGCUGAACCAAAUUCGUCCUCUUUUAAUUGUUCAGGAUCUUUGUUGCAGUUUGGGCAGACAAUAUCAUCCUCCAACUCAGGAAAGGUGGAAAGCAAUGCUGUGUUGCUGGAGAUGCGUAUGGUUAUACAGGAGAAACAUCCAGAGCAAUUAUUCUAUUAAAAAAAAAAAGCAAAAGAAAAGAAAUCUCUACGGCAGUUCUGUUGAUCUGAUAUAUGUUCAUCUUUAGUGUGCACUGCUGUUUUUGAAAUGACAAAUCAGAUGUAUCGGACUGUAUUCGUAUAUAAUGCAACUAAUCUGAUUCCCUUAUAAAUGGGGAUGCCAAAACUUGAAAUGAUAGGAGAGCAGCGUUAAUUGUUAGCA